AGGUUGCUUGCCAACCGCCAUAAAAACAAAAGAAGAAGAAGAAGAAGACACACUUGUCUCGUCAAGCCAACACAAGACCAGGAAAAAUGUAUUUAAGUUGUUAACUGUAAAUUCAAGAGGAGACCUGGUGAUACGCUUGUUCGAGUCUUCACACGAAGGAACGUAUCGGUAAAAAAACUACGAUGAGAGUGUUGGUGACAGGAGGCUCCGGCCUGGUGGGGAAGGCCAUACAACACGUGGUGGAAAAAGAGGGGCGAGGUAAAGAAGAAGAGUGGAUUUUCCUCUCCUCCAAAGAUGCCAACCUCAUGAGCAUGGAUGAGACACAGAAGGUCUUUAGGAAAUAUCAGCCAUCCCAUGUUAUCCACCUGGCUGCCAUGGUGGGAGGACUUUACAAGAACAUGAAGUUCAACCUGGAUUUCUUGAGGAACAACAUGUACAUCAAUGAGAAUGUGUUGCACGCGGCACAUGAAGUGGGUGUUGUCAAGGUUGUGUCCUGUCUGUCUACCUGCAUAUUCCCAGAUAAGACCACCUAUCCAAUUGAUGAGAAAAUGAUUCAUAAUGGCCCACCGCAUGAGUCCAACUUUGGCUACGCCUAUGCAAAAAGAAUGAUAGAUGUCCAAAACAGGGCCUAUUUCCAGCAACAUAAACGUUGCUACACAGCUGUGAUCCCCACCAAUGUGUUUGGUCCACAUGACAACUUCAGUAUUGAAGAUGGUCAUGUGCUGCCAGGUCUAAUUCACAAAGCUUAUAUUGCCAAAAAAGAGGGGGAGCCAUUGGUCGUCUGGGGCUCUGGCACUCCAAAACGACAGUUUAUUUACUCUUUGGAUUUGGCUCGCCUCUUCCUGUGGGUUUUAAGGGAAUAUCCAGAGGUUGACCCGAUCAUUCUUUCUGUUGGUGAGGAAAAUGAAGUAUCAAUCAAAGAAGCAGCAGAUGCAGUUGUGCAUGCGCUGGACUUUAAGGGUGAUGUGGUUUACGAUACCAGUAAAGCAGAUGGGCAGUUAAAAAAGACGGCCAGUAAUGCAAAGUUGUGCAGCUAUCGACCAGAUUUUUACUUCACACCCUUCCAACAAGCACUCAAGGAGACAUGUGAUUGGUUUGUCGCCAACUAUGAUACAGCUCGCAAGUGAAAACAGUUGCCAAGUGGGGAAAAACAACUCAAUCAGCAAGCGGUUACAAGAUGCUCAAAAAGAAGUUGCCGAGAGCCAGGUUUGCAUUACUGAAUAAACUGGAUGAAGAAUCUCAUCUGCAACAAUCAAUUAUGAAGAUUACUCUUAUUUUUCCGUCAGAUGUGUAUUGGUUUGUAACAUUUUCACAUUAAAAAGGCAUUGGCAUACUAAAAA